CUCAACGAAAGUUUGUCAUAUGAUUUUUUAUAGAUUUAUAUUCACAUACAAUGGCAAAUAGAAAUCCUACGACUUUAAUGAGUGUCUCUAAUGACGAUUCAUUUGAUUUUUUGUUUAAAAUCGUCCUCAUAGGCGAUUGUGGAACGGGCAAAACUUGUGUAGUUCAAAGGUUCAAAUCAGGAAAUUUUGUCGAAAGACAUGGAAAUACGAUUGGAGUCGAUUUUUCGAUGAAAACAGUAACUGUUGACGGCAAGAAAGUUAAAUUACAGAUAUGGGAUACAGCUGGUCAAGAACGUUUCAGAACUAUAACUCAGAGCUACUACAGAUCAGCUAAUGGAGUUAUAAUUGUAUAUGAUAUUACCAAAAGAUCGUCAUUUUUAAGUAUACAACGUUGGAUGGAAGAAGUUCGCCGAUAUACAGCAUCAAAUGUGUUACUUGUUUUGGUAGGCAAUAAAAGUGAUUUAUCAAGUAUAAGAGAAGUAGAAUUCUCAGAAGCUGAAGCACUUUGUGAUUAUGCUCCUGAAAUUUUAGUAGUUAUGGAAGCAUCAGCUAAAGAAAAUAGUAAUAUUGAAGACGCUUUUAUGUGCUUGGCAACAGAGCUGAAAAGACGACAUGAUAACAGUAAUCAAGCUGAAGAAUCAAGUGGUGGAAUAACAUUAAGCGAAGGUAAGGCAAUAAUUUCAAAGUGUUCUUGUUAACAAUUUUUAUAUUUAAAUUCAUAUAACUUAAUAUUUAUCAAAAUUCACGUACAUAAAUCUUGCCAAAGCAUUUGUAUAUAUCUACAUCCACCAAAUUGACCUUCAAAGUCUAUAAUAAAUUUAUACUUAUAUGUUCAUUUUUAUAUAAUUGAUAACAAGAAAACCUGGUUUGAUAAAUAUUUUUAACCAAUCAUGAUAUUUAAUAAUAAAUAUACUCAUAUUAAUGUAAUUGUAUGAAACAAUGAAAACACAAAACUGAUUCCCUAGAUGAAAUAUUAACCGCAUGUAGGAACAACUGCCCUAAUAUUAAAACAUAAAUUUCAAUAUAGAUAUAUACCUUUAUAGAUAGGUAUUAUUAGAAAUUUCAUUGUAUUUUAAAUUUUAUGGCAAAGACAUGUUUUUGAAUGUAGAACUUAUGCUAAUAUUGUGAUUAUACAAAUAGUUAUUUCUAUUGUUUAUUUAUUAGUUUGUAAGAAAUUACAUAU